AUGGAGAAGCCCGUGUACUUGGCAGAACCAGUAGUUGUAUUACUCUUCCUUCACGUACUGCUCAGCUCGAUCAUGGUGGCAAUUCAGAACUUGUCCCUCAGAUCAAUGUCCUUCCUGCACACCUACGUUGCUUGCUGCGCAUGCUUAUCAGCGGUUCCCGAUGAGCAACAUCCCCUGAGCAGUGCAGCAGGUGAAGCAAGAGGAGGUGACUGCAAUCUCCGGAUCGAAGACGUGCAGAUUAUUCUGGGAAGAAUGGGUUUAGGCGAGCAGCAGCUCCAGGAGAAGACGGAGGACUUCGACCACCUCCCUGAUCUGUUCGCAGACGAGGAGCCGAGUCUGGAUGAGUUGAAGCAGGCCUUCUCUGUUUUCGAUGAGAACGGCGAUGGGUUCAUCGACGCGGUGGAGCUGCAGACAGUUCUCGCCAAGCUCGGGAUCGCAGAAGCGUCGGAUUUAGAUGCAUGCCGGAGGAUGAUCGCAGCUCAUGAUCGAAAUCGCGACGGAAGGAUUGAUCUGAUCGACUUCGUUAAGUUCAUGGAGAUCAGCUUGUGCUGA